GACAAGGACCAAUCCUAGUUUCUUUUUUGUCGUUUGCCCUCUUGCUUUCUGACUCUUUCUGUCUUUUGCGUUAGCCUCAGACAAUCCUUACCUUUAAAUUCCGUAUAUUGUUUUCUAGUCGACAUUUCUGUUUGUUUGGGGAAGGGUCAAAACUUGAUUUUGGUUCUGCUUCUUCUCCAUUGUUGGGGAGUUGAUGUCUUUGGCCGUUGGAGCUGUACCAAGUUUCAGUAAUAUGGGGUUUGACGACAACACGGACAAGGAGGAAGCUGAAGACAAGAAUGCGACUCUUGAAGAAAAGGCAACUCAUCCUCAAGAGAGUGAUGAUGAAGGAGGAGACAGGAUAGGCAGCAGACAGAUGAGCGAAUCCUCUUUGUAUGCAACUGAUCAGGAUGAUGAUAACGAUGACGAACAACGCAACACAUUUCAAUUGGGUCCGCAGUGCACGCUGAAAGAACAGCUUGAAAAAGACAAGGAUGAUAAGAGCUUAAGGAAGUGGAAAGAGCAGCUUCUUGGAAGUGUGGAUAUUAACCACAUUGGUGAAACACUUGAUCAAGAAGUAAAGUUCCUUAGUGUGUCAAUAGUCUCUCCGGACAGGCCUGACAUGGUUCUUUCAAUUCCUGAAGAUGGAAACCCCCAGGGCUUAUGGUUUACACUGAAAGAAGGUAGCCACUAUCACUUAAAGUUCUCCUUCCAAGUUGGCAACAACAUUGUAUCUGGCCUCAGGUACACCAAUACUGUUUGGAAAACAGGUGUCAAGCUUUUCAGCACAAAAGAAAUGAUUGGAACCUUUAGUCCUCAGCAAGAGCCUUAUACACAUGAAAUGCCAGAAGAGACUGCCCCUUCUGCUUAUGUGGCUAGAGGAUCAUAUACCGCAAAAUCAAAGUUUCUUGAUGAUAAUAAGAAGUGCUACUUGGAGAUCAACUAUACGUUAGACAUCCGAAAAGAGUGGGCUGCUCCUAAUUAGGGAACAACUUUAUGAGCUCUAGCACCCUUCAUUCACUCCAUGUUCUUAUGCCACUAUAUAUUUCCACUAAAAGCUUGUUCCCUUCAGACAUGUUUAACUGCUAGUUUCCGGUUAUCUCAACUAUCUCAUUUCUGUCUCGACUAACUACUUCCCACAACAAAGUCAAGUGAGAAAGAUCUCACUUGGCAAAGCUUUAAUAUUAAGAGCAGAGUUAACAUUUUUAGGGACAUUUUGAUAAUGAUGUCUAGAUAUUGUUCUUGUUCAAG